UCAAAAUCGUCCGUGUUGACGUGCACGUCUUUUUUUUUUGCACCAUCCACAGUGCGGACGCAUUGUCCGGUUUGUUCCUUAUCGAGAACGAAUGUUUUCCUGCAUUUUACGUAAAUAGUUACGGUUUGUUAUUAGCUGGCAGUUGCGGCGCGCCUUGACCGUCCACCAUGAGUACGAUACUGGAAAAGAUUGCCCAAAUCGAGGCUGAGAUGGCCCGUACUCAGAGGAACAAGGCCACAGCUGGGCAUUUGGGGUUGCUGAAGGCUCGAUUGGCGAAGUUGCGCCGUGAGCUGAUCACCCCGAAGGGAGGCGGCGGUGCUUCGGAGCAGGGUUUCGAAGUGUCCAAAACCGGAGAUGCUCGAGUUGGGUUCGUUGGGUUUCCAUCGGUGGGGAAGUCGACCCUGCUGUCUAACUUGGCUGGAGUGUACUCCGAGGUGGCAGCAUAUGAGUUCACAACGCUCACAACUGUCCCGGGUUGCAUCAAGUAUAAAGGUGCGAAGAUUCAGUUGCUCGAUUUGCCCGGAAUCAUCGAAGGUGCUAAGGAUGGUAAGGGUCGUGGUAGGCAGGUCAUUGCCGUGGCUCGAACGUGUAAUCUGAUCUUCAUGGUACUGGAUGUGUUGAAACCUCUCACCCACAAGAAACUUCUCGAGCACGAGUUGGAAGGGUUCGGAUUGCGGCUGAACAAGCAGCCGCCGAAUAUUAGCUACCGGAGGAAGGACAAAGGUGGAGUCAAUUUGAACGUCACCGUGACUCAGUCUGAGUUGGAUCUUGAUACCGUCAAGUCAAUCUUGUCCGAGUACAAGAUUCAUAAUGCGGACAUUACGUUGAAAUACGAUGCCACAGCCGAUGAUUUGAUUGAUGUGAUCGAAGGCAAUCGGAUUUAUAUUCCCUGCAUUUAUCUGCUGAACAAGAUCGAUCAGAUCAGCAUCGAAGAGUUGGAUGUGAUCUACAAGAUUCCACAUUGUGUGCCCAUUUCUGCUCAUCACCACUGGAACUUUGACGAUUUGCUUGAGAUGAUGUGGAAAUAUUUGAAACUCGUGCGAAUCUAUACGAAACCGAAGGGACAGCUUCCGGAUUACAGUUCACCAAUCGUGUUGCACAGUGAACAUACGAGCAUCGAGAGUUUCUGCAAUAAGUUGCAUCGCACAAUCGCCAAGGAAUUUAAAUACGCCCUCGUGUGGGGUUCCUCUGUCAAGCAUCAGCCCCAGAAAGUGGGCAUCGAUCACGUGCUGAACGACGAAGACGUUGUCCAAAUUGUUAAGAAGGUCUAAGAGCGGUGUGGUUCGAACCCUGCGAACACAUGUUCCGGCUGGACAUCAACUCAAUUUGUAACAGUUGUGUAAGUUUAUUAACCAUUAAAAUAUUUAACAAUAACUGAA